GCUAAGCGCAUGAUUUGUGGGAAGGACGCAAAGGUGAUAAAAAAUGGUAGUAGUAUUAAGAGGAAGAAGAUGAACAAGUUCAAGGAGUCAGCAUGGAAAUUUAUGUAUUUUCUAUCUGCAGAGAUAUUUGCACUUUAUGUUACUUAUAACGAACCUUGGUUCACAAAUACUCGAUAUUAUUGGACAGGCCCUGGAGAUCAGGUUUGGCCUGAUCUCAAAAUCAAGUUAAAGCUGAAAGGAUGGACCAUGUAUGCUGGAGGAUUUUACUUGUACUCCGUAUUUGCAUUGAUCUACUGGGAAACAAGACGCUCUGAUUUUGCUGCCCAUAUGAUUCAUCACAUAACAUCAGUAUCACUGGUUCUCUUGUCUUACAUUUUCGGGAUGGCACGUGCGGGAUCAAUGGUUGCAUUAAUUCAUGAUGGAAGUGAUGUACUGAUGGAAAUUGCUAAGAUGUCACUUUACAGUGGAUUUCAUAGUGUUGCUGAUAUUUCCUUCGCUCUUUUUGCAUUGUCUUGGCUAUUACUUCGUCUAAUCUACUUUCCAUUUUCCAUUAUCUAUAGCACAUGCUAUGAAGUUCUUUUCAUAGUGGACAAGGAGAAACAACAAAAUAUAAAUGGAAUCAUACUUUACUUUGUGGUAAAUUCAAUGCUGAUAUGUUUGCUGCUUCUUCACAUAUAUUGGUGGACACUCAUAUGCCGCGUGAUUAUGAAUAUCCUGAAAAAAGGCCAAUUUGAUGACGUCCGAUCUGAUUCAGAAUCUGAAUCCGAUGAGGAUGAGCAUAAACAGAGUUGAUGCGGAUCGAAAAGCUUAGAUUAUUAAAACCAUUAGCUAUUUGCAUUGUAUUUCGGAUAGUUUC